CUGAAAGAACCUCACAAAGACACACACAAUAUAUAAGUAAAAUUCCACAAAACCAUUCGCACAUGCACACAAACAAUUAUAUAUUCAAUUUUUUUUUUUAUCUUUCCUUUUCGGUUAAUCUCUCUCUUUAUCUUUUUCAAUGUCAUCUUUAGAUUAUUAUCUAUCUCCCUUAACACACACAACAAUCUAUCUUCAUUCUCACCACUUUCGAAACGCGCAUCGUUUCGUUCCCAAUUCAUCCCCAAUUAGGGUUCUAAGACACGCCAAUUUCUUCAAAGAUUUCAAGAGGUUCGAUUUAUGGAGAGGAUUAAAGCUCAACAAUACCGAUUUAAGAAAAGGCGGUUGUGGAAAUGCCGCCACCGGUGGUCAAGAGAGCGAUUCCGGCGAGAGUGGAGGUGAAAGUAAAGGAGUUGAAGUUGAACCGGUUUCAGGUGGUUCCGGUUCGAACCGGAGGAAGGAGAAACAGGGGAAAGGUGGUUGGUGGUGGUGGUUAGGUUCUUCUAAAAAUGGAGGGAAAUGGAAAUGGCAAUCUGUGUUGAAGGUUCAAGAGGUUGGGGUUUUGCUUCUUCAGUUAGGGAUUGUGGUUUUUGUUAUGAGGUUGCUUAGGCCUGGAAUUCCUUUACCUGGCUCCGAACCCAGGGCUUCAACUUCGUUUGUGAGUGUUCCUUAUAGUGAGUUUUUGAGUAAGAUUAAUGGUGACCAGGUUCAGAAGGUGGAGGUUGAUGGGAUUCAUAUAAUGUUCAAGUUGAAGGGUGAUUUGGAAGGUGGUGAAUUUGUGAGUAGUGGUAGUAGUAGGUUGCAGCAGGAAUCUGAGUCUUUGGUUAAGAGUGUUGCUCCCACUAAGAGAAUUGUUUAUACUACAACUAGGCCUAGUGAUAUAAGAACUCCUUAUGAAAAAAUGCUUGAGAAUGAGGUCGAGUUUGGAUCACCAGAUAGACGUUCCGGUGGAUUCUUCAACUCUGCUUUGAUAGCAAUGUUUUAUGUUGCUCUACUGGCAGGGCUUCUUCAUCGAUUCCCUGUAAGCUUUUCUCAGCAUGCUGCUGGUCAGAUUAGGAACCGAAAAUCAGGAACGUCUGCUGGUACAAAAUCAUCUGAAAAAGGUGAAACAAUCACUUUUGCUGAUGUUGCUGGUGUUGAUGAGGCUAAGGAGGAGCUAGAAGAGAUUGUGGAAUUUCUUCGAAAUCCGGAUAGAUAUGUACGACUUGGAGCUCGUCCUCCUCGAGGUGUUCUCUUGGUGGGUCUUCCGGGAACAGGUAAGACUUUACUAGCAAAGGCUGUGGCCGGAGAAGCUGAUGUGCCAUUUAUAAGCUGUUCUGCUAGUGAGUUUGUUGAGUUGUAUGUUGGUAUGGGUGCUUCCCGGGUGAGAGAUCUCUUUGCAAGGGCUAAAAAAGAAGCGCCAUCCAUAAUAUUUAUUGAUGAGAUAGAUGCUGUGGCUAAAAGUCGUGAUGGUAAAUUUCGCAUCGUAAGCAAUGAUGAACGAGAACAGACCUUGAACCAGUUGCUCACUGAGAUGGAUGGGUUUGACAGCAAUUCAGCAGUGAUUGUUCUUGGGGCAACUAAUCGUGCUGAUGUCUUAGAUCCUGCACUUCGCCGACCGGGAAGAUUUGAUCGAGUAGUUAUGGUGGAAACACCUGAUAGGAUUGGACGAGAAGCUAUCCUGAAAGUUCAUGUUUCUAAGAAAGAACUUCCUUUGGCCAAGGAUGUUUACAUUGGCGACAUUGCUUCUACAACUACUGGGUUCACAGGAGCGGAUCUUGCUAAUCUAGUAAAUGAGGCUGCUUUAUUGGCGGGAAGAAAGAACAAAGUUGUUGUGGAGAAAAUUGAUUUCAUUGAAGCUGUGGAAAGGUCGAUUGCUGGCAUAGAAAAGAAGACUGCCAAGUUGCAAGGAUGUGAGAAGGGUGUAGUUGCACGGCAUGAAGCUGGUCAUGCUGUAGUAGGCACUGCAGUUGCAAAUCUUCUUUCUGGACAGCCACGUGUUCAGAAACUAAGCAUAUUGCCUAGGACGGGAGGGGCCUUGGGUUUUACUUAUACUCCUCCAACAAAUGAGGACAGAUACUUGCUUUUCAUUGAUGAAUUGCGUGGCCGCCUGGUGACUCUUCUUGGAGGACGUGCAGCAGAAGAAGUUGUUUAUUCUGGUCGAGUGUCAACAGGUGCACUUGAUGACAUACGGCGAGCAACUGACUUGGCGUACAAAGCUAUUGCUGAAUAUGGUCUUAGUCAGACAAUAGGCCCUGUGUCAAUUUCCCCUCUUUCCAAUGGUGGAAUUGAGGAGUCUGGGGGAUCGGCUCCUUGGGCAAGGGAUCAGGGACAACUUGUUGAUCUUGUCCAAAGAGAGGUGCAAGCAUUGCUGCAGUCUGCGCUGGAUGUAUCGCUUUCCAUUGUACGAGCUAAUCCUACUGUUGUGGAGGGUCUUGGUGCUCAUUUGGAAGAAAAAGAGAAAGUAGAGGGUGAAGAGUUACAGAAGUGGUUAAGAUUGGUGGUUGCACCUACAGAACUUGCAAUUUUUAUUGAAGGCAAGCAACAGUCCCUUCUCCCAUUGCAGACCGGUUCCUGAAAUUCUUAAAAGAGUUUUCUGUUAUGUGGUUCCGGUGUGAAGUGGAACUUGAGGUAUGAUUUUUGACAAGGUUCAAUUAAAGCUAGUGAAAUUAUAUCUCAAAUAGCAUGCCUUACAACAUUGUAUAUUCCUGUAAGGUGAACUUUGGCAUCGUUUUUAGUACAUGCCAAUCUGUUAUUUGUAGUAUUUACUCACCAUUCACUCAACCGAAGCCACUGAAAAAAAGAAAUGAAGAAAUACUUACAUUAGUGCCUCUCUUCAACUGCAUGGGUGAUGGUAAUUUAAUUUGUAUAUUAACUAUUAUUUUCAGUCAUGUCACAAAAUGUAAUUAAUAUAUAGUUGUAUACAUUAAUUGUUCUGUGAAAUAUAUGUCCCUGCUACAUGUUACAUGGUUAGUUAAGGAGCCUGUUAGAGCAGAGAAAUAUUUUAGUUUUGGCCUCUUUUGGUUGGAAAGAAAAUGGGGAUGGGGGAAUUGACCCCAGAUUUUAA